AUGAAUAUGUCUGUCACGGAUUUAUCUGUGGGAUGUCGUUUUGCUGAUUAUUUCGCGAUAUGUGGACUAGACUUUGAUUCUGGAUUGGAACCUGAUAGACUUUGUGGUGACAAUUUACAUAUAUCUCCGUUAGAUCGUUCUUACAAAGGAAAAGUUUUAGCUCACUAUCCUGAAAACAUUCAUAGCAAUCCAUUUCAUGAACAUGCAGUGUGUAUGGCAAUGUAUAUCACAGAACUUUCAAGUGGACAGACACCACCAGGCCACAGAAAAAGUUCUGGCAAAGAGAGCUCUAGAUCUUUACCUAGAUCAUUUAAACUUGCCCCGCACACUGGUGCUGCACUGACAUACUAUGACAUAACCAAAGAUAAACUGUAUGUUGCUAAAAGCAUAGCUCUUAUAUGUCAAUAUCCCUAUGUUAGGGUAGCACAAUUAUUUUUAGAGAAUUUAUUUAGAUCACUGCCAAGGCAACCAGGGCCUGGACUUAGCCCAGAGUCCUAUGUAUACAAUUUGUUGUAUGAAGUGCCUGUACCUCUACCUGGUCAGGCCCUACGAUUGUAUGUUCCACCAUCGGAACCACAUCUAGAACCAAUCCCAGUUGUGAUAAGAAUGCCAAAUCCUCCAGAUGAGUUACCACUUCUUGAUUAUCCUUUGCGUGUGAUGUUCUCGACUUUAGGUGUUGAAUGUGUAGUACAGUUGUUCACUUGUGUGCUUUUGGAGCAUCAAGUCUUGCUUAGAUCCAGUGAUUAUAACAAGUUAAUGCUGGUAUCGGAAUGUAUAGUCUCUCUUUUACUUCCAUUUUCUUGGGCUCAUGUGUAUGUUCCAAUUUUACCAGCGCCUUUGUACCACUUUCUUGAUGCACCUGUUCCUUUUGUAAUGGGCCUGCACGCGGACAGCUUGGCCAUUAGCAUUGGCCCGAAUGGGCCUAGAAACUUCGCUCUCGGCUCCGAGGCAGCACUCUGUUUAGUUGAUAUCGACAAACCUGACAUACAAUUGCCAGAGGAACUGCCGAUAUUUCCCCACAGGACGCCAUUUAUUGAGGAGCUGAAUCACGUUUUAGAUAAACACCAGAUCCAAAGACCAGAGACAGAACCCACCAAACUUGGGGUGCCUUUAAACGGAACCACUUACAAGCAUAUGAGCGAUGGUAUGAGCAGUAGCUGCACUUUACCAUCUGGCGGGCUGCGGAGGAAGCACUCGUUCCAUGACGUGCUGGAGUGGGACGAGGGGCGGCCGCUGAACGCGUCGCCGCCCGGCUCGCCCUCGCCCACGCGGAGGGCGCCCCGGCGCAUGGACGCGCUGCAGCGGAUCGUGGACAUCGUGAAGCGCACUGGCGUGAACAUUGACGACGUCGAUGCGGACACGGUGAUGCCGACGACGAAGAAGAAAGUACUGAACGAUGAAGAACAAUACAACGAGGACAUUCGUUUCAACAUCGCCAUCAGGGAAACGUUCCUCAACAGAUUUGUUCACAUGUUCCUCAUGUACGAGAAUUUCGUGAUAAUGCCCGACCAGGACCGUGAAUCGUGGCUCUCGUCGCGCGAGUCCAUGGUGAAUUUCGACAAGGCGUCGUUCCUAUCGGACCAGCCGCAGCGGCACCGGCCCUUCCUCUCGCGCUUCCUAGAGACCCAGAUGUUCGCCACGCUCGUGGACAACAAGAUCAUGGCCAACUGGGGCGACUGCGACGUCAACCUGCAGGUGUUCGAGCACCGCAUCAAGGCCGUCAGGCGUCGCCUGGGCGAGGGGGGUAUGGCGACGCGCGGCUACAGCGUGUGGGCGGGCGGCGCGGGGGCCGCAUGCGGUGCGGGGGCGGGGGCGGAGCUGGAGGUGGGCGCCCCCGGGGAGCGGCUGCCCCACCGUGCGGCGUACUACCGCGCCUUCCCCACGCGCCUCGACGCGGCCGCGCUCGCCCCGCCCCCCACCAGCGACCGCAGAACUAAUAGCUUGAAGCGUAUAAAGAACGCCAAGUGGCAGGUGAAGGAUUGCCCGCCCGAAAUGCUGCUAGGGGACAUUGGCAGGCGGCUGUCGACCGAAGUGACCCCGGCGGCCAUUGCGCAGAACAACAGGACAUUCGUCGAGAAACUCCUCAAGGAGUGCAAGAGCAAAACCAAGCGGAUGCUGGUGGAGAAAAUGGGCACCGAGGAGUCGGAACUGGGGCUCGGCUGCGAGAUCUCCGUCACCGGAGUGGAGGAGAACACGAUGAUCGCGUCGCUCUGCGACCUCCUGGAGAGGCUCUGGUCCCACGGGCUCCAGCACAAGAUGGGCAAGUCCGCGCUCUGGAUGCACCUCACCAACUACCAGGAGCUGGAGCAGUGCAGCAACUCGACGAAGCCGAUCGACCCCAAUUACCUCACACCAGCUUUGGCCUGGUGCGUAUUAAGGAAGCGAUUGGACUACCUGUCCUCCGUGGGGGCGGAGGUGGAGGCGCAGCAGAGCGGUAGCGGGGGCGGAUCCCGGGACAGUUCCCGCGGUGGCUCCCGGGACAGCUCCCGCGACCGGCUCAGCAACUCGGGCACCCUGGAGAGGAGGUCCAGCCAGCCGGCGAACCCCAUGCGCCCUCUGCCCGAGAGCCUCACCUUCGACAUGCGGAACGUGCAAGCGAUGACGGACAUCAAGACGGAGAUCGGGUACGCACGCGCGUGGGUGCGCCUCUCGCUAGAGAAGAAGCUGCUCUCGAAGCACCUCAGGGAGCUGCUGGCGGACACCACGCUGCUCCGCUCCCAGUACAAGCGCACCGCCUUCCUCCGCUGCGAGGAGGAGCGCGAGCAGUUCCUCUACCACCUGCUCACGCUGAACGCGGUCGACUACCACUGCUUCACGAACACGUAUCCCACUACCAAGCUGCCGUAUCGCGUGCUAAUCGUGCCCUCGCGCAAGGCCAGCCAGACCACCGCCAACUGCUGGCUCUCGAUAUCCGGCGCGAACGGGGAGUCGACCCCCAAAAUACCGAUACCACGGAACACCAACGAGUUUGUUUUCCACCACAAGAACUUGGGCAUCCUGUCGACGCUGCGCAUCGGCCACGACAACAGCGGCCUCUCGCCGCGUUGGCUUCUCGACCAGGUGUUCGUCAGGAACGAGGUCACCGGCCACACAUACACGUUCCCGUGCAACCGCUGGCUGGGCACGGGCGUGGACGACGGCUCCACCGAGCGGCUGGUGGUGGCCGCGCGGCUGAGGGGCGAGCGCCCGCCCAGGACGCCGGCGCCCGCCGCGCUGCCGCCCGCCCUCUCGCCCACCGCCACGCACCUCUCCACCUCCACCAUUCAGCACAUGAUCGGCGACUGCGUCAACGCAAUAGUCAAGUGGCACUACCAAUCGAAGCGCGAAAAAGAUGCGAACUCCCUAAGCGUGCUGUUGUGCGGCGAGAACGGCCUCGUCAAGUGCCUGGAGCAGGCGUUCCUGUGCGGGUUCAAAUCCGCCCGCCUGUUCGGGAAGAACCUCUUCAUUUGGGACUACUUCGCGCGCGUGAAGGACGAGUUCAAGCUGAGCCUGUGCGAGGAGGGUGGCGGGGGCGGGGGCGGGGGCGGGGGCGGCUGCGGCGUGGCGUACAACUGCCGCCAGGACCAGGAGCACCGCGCCAUCUGGCGCUGCUACUGCCACCUGCUGGACGAGGUGAACGCGGCGGGCAGGGCGCUCGGCAAGGACGGCAAGUUCCAGCUCUUCGUCUGCCUCAGCCUGAGGGAACACUGGCUGCACAGGAUGCUGGUCCCUAUGUCCCUGACGCGGGUUACCGCCGAAAUGUACGAAGAGCAGAGCUUCUUGCGGAAGCGGGGACUCCUCACCUUCCUGCGUCAGAUCCUGGAGCCCCUGGACGAGUUCGAUAUCGUCUUGGAGAACUCCCUUACGCAAGGCAUU